AUGGCCUCUUUUACCCGACCUACCUAUGUCGACCAGGGCGUCCAGAAAUUCGGUUCCGGUAUCUUCUGUAGCAGUUAUCGCGUCUUGAAGGCCGAUAUGCACUCGGACUACUUUUUCAAGGGGACUGUCAAGAAAGUACCAAGCGACGAGGCCUACGUUGCAGCUGCUCAUCAAUUCGCCGCAACACUACUCGCCAUCGAUGAGAGCACGCUUGUGAGAACGUCUGACGGAGUCGACCUUAUCUGGUUCACCAAGCGAGGAAUGUUCUCACCAUAUGGCGCCCUCUGGGAGAUCUUUUACUCGCUCUCCAUGGCUGUGAUUAUGACGCUUUUACGGUUCUUUCCUCCUCCCACGAAUCUGGCCAAAGACCCGAGGCACCGCAACCAUUUGAAGAAGGAGAAGAGUAGUUGGAAUGCCAAAAAGUGCCAGUACGGAGUUUAUCACUUCGCGUACUGCAACUGGGAUCCUAUUGUAUCCGCCGAUGCCCUUCCUGCAGCACCAAAAGCUAUGCGUGCACUUUUCGACUAUAUUUCCGAGACCACCUGGGAGCACAGGCUCAUCAGUGGCUGGUUCAAAGCUUUGGACCCGGAAACAUGGGAGCAGUAUCACACAUGCUACCAAAGGCUUCGAAAAGAGGGGAAACUACGCCACCUUGACUUAGGUGCCAAUGACUGGGGCUGUUUCCUCGGCCACGCUCUUCUCAUCAACACCUACGUCGACCCUCACAAGGACCCUGGAGACGUGAAGAAGGGGUGGGUUUUCACUUACCCAUGGAUGGACUUCGAGGGCGGUGAUGCCGUCUACGUGGAUCUGGCGCUGCGAUUUAGGCAACGGGCGGGAGACUUUAUCAUGUCCAGAUCCUGCGUCCUCACCCACAUGACCAUGCUGAUUACCACCGGUCAACGCUGGGGAAACACUUGGUUUACGAAGGCGGACAUCCUAGAGACCCCAAUAGCAGACAACUUCUGCCAAGAGCCAGGAUGUUCCGCAAGCUACACCAGUCCGAAUGGCUUGCAAUGGCACAGGAAGAGGUAUCACAUCAAGGACAGCCCGGUGGAAAAAGAUGCAGGGGGUCAUGUUGUUGACGAUGGUAUGCUUGCUCAGCAAGGAGAAGACGCUGAGUUUGCGGGACUCGGGAUGGACGGCGAGAUGCUGUUCAGAGAAGAUGAUGAGAUGUUUCCUGAAGAAGGAGAAGAUGAAGGGAAAAUGGAAGGAGAAGAGGUCGAUGGUGAUGCGAAGAUGUUGGACGAGUGA